AUGGUUUCUUCUCCGAUUGCUUCUUCUCUUCCUUCCAACUACUGCUCCGACGAGGAUGGUGGCCCUGUCGAGGAUCGUGGGCCACCGUAUGAUGAGUCCGACCCCUCAUACGAGCCCUCCAUUGAACUUGAGUCUCCCAGGUACUCCUAUGAUGAGGAGACUGAGUACGAGAAGGAGGAGGAGGAGGACGAUGAUGAGACCUAUGUUGAGGAGAACUCGAAUGAGGAGGACGAGGAAGCGGUGGCGGAGGUGGUGGAGGAGCAAGCGAUGGUGGUGGCCUACCACGUGGAAAGGGAGGCCAAGAAGAGGAAAUGGGCGGAGGCGGCUAUGGCGUGGGCGGUGGAAGCAACGUUGGCAAAGGUUGUGGUUGAGGAGAGGUCCAAGAAGCGGGCUGCUAAGAAGAGAAGGGAGGAGGAGAGGACCAAGAAGCAGGUUGCCAAGAAGAGAACAGGGGAGGAGGAGGUGGACUCAGAGAUGGCCAAGAAGAGGAGGUAG